AUGGAAGAAUUCUCGGGUGGCUCUAGUGCCGUGGUGCCCAAAGGGUAUCUAGCAGUAUACGUGGGAGAAGGGCUCAAGAGAUUUGUGAUCCCAAUGGAGGAUCUGGGUCACCAAGCUUUUGGGAUUCUACUGACAGAAGCUGAAGAAGAGUUUGAGUUCCAACAAGGAGUUCUAAAGAUCCCUUGCCAAGUUGCUGUCUUUGAGAAGAUCCUGAAGAUGAUGAACAAGAGGAGGGAUGCGCCGAAUGCAUUUCACUUGCACGAUUUCAGGUUGAAGACAUUGAAGGUAUCAUACAUUGUGAGGAAUCAUGUCACCCUACCUUUCAUAGAUGAUCAGCAUGCGACCUCUCACAGAUUUUUGGGCUUUGCCAAAGCUCUGAACGACGUCCUUGAUGGCAUGGCAAAGAAGGGUUUACCAAUUCCUCCUGCCUGCCAAAAUUAA